CCUAUGUUAAAUUGCUUAUGCAAGUGCGUACGUUAUCUGUAGUUCUUCACCAUCUCGUUAUCAUUUCACCGGAGUUGUCUGUUGAAGUCCGGCGACGAGCCUGUCGGUUCAGAAUAUUGAUUGCAGAGCUGUUUGGUUAUAGCUAUCCCCUUACUUCAGGCACGUUAUUGAUUCUCAGAUGGAUUCCAAUGCAGAACAGCAAGAAGAUUUCAGGUUCCAGCUAGAAGGUUUCAGGUCCCGGCUAGAAAAUAUGAGGUCCCGGCAAGUACAUUUCUGGUCCAGGCAAUUACUUACUAUGUAUCAGCGUAUCUUAGUUUUAAUCAUGGCGCAUCCAGAAUAUCUCAGGUUCCGAACAAGUUCUCUCACCACUGGUAACAGUGGAUCUUGGCGGAGGAGACCAGGUAAUGUUUUGGUUGUGGUAGAAGAUCUCUGGUCCCAGCUAGAAGAUCUCUGGUACCAGCAAGAUUUCAGCUCCAGGCAAUUAGUUCGCGUGGGUCUGCGUAUCAUAUCCUUUGUCACGUCCCAUCCACAAUAUCUCAGGCCCCCAACAAGUUCUAACACCACUACCAGUUUGAGAAUUCAUGAGAGGAUUCAAGCACAAAUUGCUGGCAUCUUUAAUGAUCUUGUGGAAUUGGAGCUACAGGCUAAUUUUGUGGAUGUGGACUAUCUAGAUGCCCAAGGGCUUGAUGAAUUGGUUGAGCAUCUUCCAGAAACUGAUGGUUUAAGGCGUGGUGACAUGAGGUCCCUUGCAGGUUCUCGCACCACUCCUAGUUUGAGAAUUCAUGAGAGGAUUCGAGCACAAAUUGUUGGCAUCUCUAAUGAUCUUGAGGAAUUGGAGCUACAGGCUAAUCUUGUGGAUGUGGACUAUCUAGAUGCCCUAGGGCUUGAUGAAUCAGUUGAGCAUGGCUUAAGAAGAGGAGCACCACCUGCAGCAGUCUCCGUUGUAAACAGUUUGCCAUGUGUGGUUAUUAAAGAUCACGAGCAGCUUGAUAACUUGGCUUGUGCAAUAUGCAAAGAUUCUCUGUCUGUAGGAUCUGUUGUAAACAAACUUCCUUGUUCCCAUGUUUAUCACCCUUCUUGUAUCUUGCCAUGGUUAAGUUCAAGGAACACCUGUCCCCUUUGCCGAUAUGAGCUUCCAACUGACGAUCAAGACUACGAGGUCAGAAAAUGGUGUAGUGGAAAUGAGUUUGUGGUUCGUGAAACUCAGCAGCAUAACAUGUACGAAGGCAGCUCCUCAAAUGCCAUUGGUGAUGCCGAAGCAAUGGAACCUCGUGAAUUUGGUGAUGGCAGAACAGGGCAAGGGGCAGAAGUGAUGAGUAUGAGUGGAUAUGGCAGAACCACCGAGGCUCAAGAAUUGGGUCAUGGGAGAAAUGUGCAAGAAGAAGCAAUGAGUAUGAGUGGAUCCGACACAAGAACCACCCAGCGGAGAUGGUUUUUUCAAGCUCUGGUAGCACAAGUUGUAAGUUUUGGGGGUAUUGCCCUUACAUUGUGGUUGGGCAACCGCAACCAAUUCACAGAGAAGAGGAGAUCAAGCACUCUGUUCUCACGGACUGAUUCAAAUCUGAAUGACUUUCUGGCACUACGUACCGGUCUCGCUUCAAUGUCUAAAAGAAUGGCACUAUGA